ACGUCACUUGUGUUAGGAAUCGUUUUAUAACCUAUCACAGUAAAGGAACGUCCCAGUAUAGCAGCCGAAGAAUGCCGUGGAAGUUUUUGUACAAAGUACAAUUGAUCUACAAUUGAUAUUUUCCGCAAUACUUAUCUGGUGUUCGGUCAGGGUGUCCCAUACUCAUGAUAUUUAUAACAGUGGAAUGGCGUUAGUAAAUCAAUUACAAAAAUUUUCGAGAUCAAUUCUCGGUAUUGCAUCAAAUUAUUCAAAAUAUACAAGCAACACAACGUUGCCCUUUUUGCAGGCAACAAGAGGACUAUCGACCACGCAACCACUUUCAGAAAAACAAGAAGUAAAUAUAACGUUUGUUAAAGCAAGUGGAGAGAGAAUCAAAGCAAAAGGGAAAGUUGGAGAUACUAUAUUAGACAUAGUAGUAAAUAAUGAAAUUGAUUUAGGUGGAUAUGGUGCUUGUGAAGGAACAUUAACUUGUAGUACGUGCCGUUUAAUAUUUUCGAAAGAAGUUUAUGAUGCACUUCCUGACAAACCAACAGAUGAAGAAUUAGACAUGUUGGAUUUAGCAUAUGAAUUAACAGAUACGUCACGGCUAGGCUGUCAAAUAGUAAUGUCUAAGGAACUAGAUGGAAUUGAGGUAAGAGUUCCAUCAACAAUUAAUGAUGCAAGAGCAUAACUGAAAUUAUCUAUAGGUUUUUGAAAAUUUGUAUACAAUGUUAUACAUCUCUUGUUAAAAAACCCUUGUUAUAAUUAUUAAAAUAUUGGUAUUAAAAAAAUAUAAUAAAGAAUCUUGUGUUUAAAUGUGAAGCUUAUAUAUAUACAUAUGUUAUAGUAUAAUUGCAAUUUUGAUAUUUGUACAUUGCCAUUGUAAAAGGCCUAUCCAAUUAUGAAGAAAAUAUAUCUUUUAUUUUUAAUAUA